AUGCAAGCCCCAACAUGCAAGCCUCCACAUGCAAGUGCCCACAUGCAAGCCUCCACAUGCAAGAUUACACAUUCAAGCCCCCCACAUGCAUGCCCCUACAUGCAGGCCCCCCACAUGGAAGCGUCCACAUGCAAGCCCCCAUAUCCAAGUGCCCACAUGCAAGCCCCCUUAUGCAAGCCCCACACAUGCAAGCCCACCACAUGCAAGCCCCAACAUGCAAGCCUCCACAUGCAAGUGCCCACAUGCAAGCCUCCACAUGCAAGAUUACACAUUCAAGCCCCCCACAUGCAUGCCCCUACAUGCAGGCCCCCCCACAUGGAAGUGUCCACAUGCAAGCCCCCAUAUCCAAGUGCCCACAUGCAACCCCCCACAUGCAAGCCCACCACAUGCAAGCCCACCACAUGCAAGCCCACCACAUGCAAGCUCCCACAUGCAAGCCCCACGUGCAACCUCCACACGCAAGCUCCCACAUGCAAGAUCACCACAUGCAACCUUCAUAUGUCAGCCCCCACAAGCAAGCCCCCACAAGCAAGCCCCCACAUGCAAGCCUCCACAUGCAAGCCCCCCGCAUGCAAGCCCUCCACAUGCAAGUCCCCACAUGAAUGCCCCUACAUGCAAGCUCCCACAUGCAAGCUCCCACAUGCAAACCCCCACUUGCAAGCCCCCCCACUUGCAAGCCCCCCACUUGCAACCUGCACAUGCAAGCCCCCAAAUGCAAGCCCCCAAAUGCAACAUCCACAUGAAAGCCCCCACAUGCAAGUUCCCACAUGCAACCUCCACAUUAAAGCUCACCACAUGCAAGCCUCCCACGUUCAAGCCUCCCACAUACAACCUCCACACGCAGUUCCCCCCACAUGCAAGCUCCUCAUGCAAGCCCCCCACAUGCAAACUCCCACCCGCACACCCCUACAUGCAAGUUCCCCACAGGCAAGCAACCACAUACAACUUCCACAUGCAAGUCCCCACGUGCAAGCCUCUACAUGCAAGCCUCCACAUGCAAGCCCCCACAUGCAAGCCCCCAAUAUGCAAGCCCCCACAUGCAAGACCCCAAAUGCAACCUGA